AUAACAGCCAGGUGGGCGGAGCUUGUGCGUCUCUUUCCGAGCCUGAAAAUUAGUCGGAGCGGAGCAUUGCGGUGAAGAAGUGACCGGCAAGGAAGUCCGAACGUGGAUUUUACAUCGUAACAAGACGUCUCAAGUGGCUGGAGAGAAGAUAUGGCGGCCAUUCGCAAGAAGCUGGUGAUUGUCGGGGAUGGAGCUUGCGGUAAAACAUGUCUCCUCAUCGUUUUCAGCAAAGACCAGUUUCCGGAAGUCUAUGUGCCAACCGUGUUUGAGAACUACAUAGCUGAUAUCGAAGUUGACGGAAAACAGGUGGAGUUGGCAUUGUGGGAUACUGCAGGCCAAGAGGACUACGACAGGUUGAGGCCUCUCUCCUACCCGGACACUGACGUCAUCUUAAUGUGCUUUUCCAUUGAUAGCCCAGACAGUUUAGAAAACAUUCCAGAGAAGUGGACGCCUGAGGUGAAGCACUUCUGUCCCAACGUUCCCAUCAUCCUGGUGGGGAACAAGAAAGACCUGAGGAACGACGAUCACACGCGGAGAGAGCUGGCCAAGAUGAAGCAGGAGCCGGUGAAGACGGAAGAAGGCAGAGAAAUGGCCACCAGGAUCAACGCCUUCGGCUAUCUGGAGUGCUCGGCCAAGACCAAAGAUGGUGUGCGGGAGGUGUUCGAGAUGGCCACCAGGGCGGCGCUGCAGGUCCGCAAGCGCAAGAAGAGAAGCGCCUGCGCGCUGUUGUGAGCCAUCCGUCCACUCACUCACACACACACACACACACACACACACACACACACACACACACACACACACACACACACACACACACACACACACAUGCACACACACGCCGUGAGAAAACAGACUGGCCUUUUUAUCGAACGGCAUCUUUGUACUGUGUGCUGCAUUUCACAAUAAGAGUCAGGCAGGCCGAUUGUAUGCAAACAUACAGGAAACGGACUUUGUCCAUAUUAGAAAUGGAUGUUAUCAAUUCCUUGUUGAUUUUGCUUUUCUUUAAACACACGCAUGUUUUCUUUUGUAUUUGUCACAAGGCAGCCAUGUUAGAAUGCGAUAUUGUUGAGUGAGGGCGGGCAGCAUCCUUUCCUCGCUAACGUUCUGUCUCUCUGAGGAAGGUGCCGCCCCAGAAAAUGAUUCGCCGCAAAACUGGACGUGUGCGUAACAGCUCGUGCCUUUUUCUAAGUUGUCUGCACACGUGUGCGCUUGUCAUUGGGAGCGACACCGCAGGCGAGGCUUUUCCGCGCCGCUGACCACGACGUCCAAUUGACAACCAACAAAGGAGUUCUUGCCAUUUUUACCCAAGAUGAGAUUUAUCGGCGCGCGUUGCCAAUUUGCCGUUCAAAACGACACGACGUAGUGUGAGUAACUCAACAUGUUGGCUGCAGAACCCUAACAUCCUCGUGUAGAACUAGCUCCGCGGUUUUGGGACCCACCCUUUUUUGGAAUCUGUGCUUGACAGGUAAACCGAUUCACGCAACUCCUUGUGUCUCAGUUUCCAGUGGGUCGGCAUUCUUUUUGUGUUCAGCCCAGUGAGGAGUUAAUGGGGGUUUUUUUCUCCCCCGCACCCUUCUUGGUGCCUUCUCUGUUCUGGUUCUUUUUAACAGAGCAGAUAAGCUUAAGUUUCAGUUCUCACAGCUCAAACACAAACAUUGGUGAAGAUGGACCAAACCUGCAACACAUGUCCUGAACAUCCCCAGAAAACCUCCAGCAGCUAUAAAGAUGUGCUAGGCGAGCAAAAACAACAACAACAACAACAACAAAAAACCAUCUGACUAUGAUUACCGUAAAUUAACUACAGGCCAACUACUUUUUUCCUGCGCUUCCUGCGUCUUAUAAAACGGGGCCGCUAAUUUAUGGAUUUUUCUUUUGCUAAUGGCCAUAGGGUUUUGUGCUCAAUAGUUUUCAAUGAACACAAGCAGACACACUGGGACUAUAAGCCGACGCUUUGAAGUGGUGCGUAUAAUUGAUGGAUUUUUCUUCGCUGACAGAAAUAAUGUUUUGUGUUCAAUCAUUUUCAUGAAACACAAGCAGAAACACUGAAAAGGUGUGUUUGUACUUUGGCGCCAUCUUUAGGACGAGUUUGCUCACUGCAGGUUGCAAAUGCACUCCCUGUUUUAAUGCCUUGAACUGCAAGUAAAACCGUCCAUAGCGUUUCUGCUCGAAAGGAUUCUUCAUUCAUCACUCCAGGCAACGUUUGUAAGUUUUACAAUGUAACUAAAGCAAUUCAUACUAAAUGUGAUGUCUGUAGGAGUGUUUUCAUGCAUAUUUGUACAUGCUAUCGAAAUGUAAUCAUACUAGCAUCGUUGGCUAAUAUGCAAACAUGUUAACAAGUGUCUGUUUGUAUUGUUAACUCACAAUGGAAUUAUUUUGUAUUGUUUCAGUUUCAGAAAUUCAUUAGUAAAUUCACCAAAACGUCACCUUGGAGUUAUUGAGUCUAUUUAGCUUCCGCAGCAAUGACUUAUGUUGUGUUUGAUCAGCCGUGUUACAGGCACCGUUUGGAAACAAUUAAGGUAUGUAAAUAAACAUGUACAGAAUAUUUCUGUGUAAAUAUUGAUUUCACAACAUAUAUAUCUGCGGCUUAUAGUCCAGUGCGGCUAAUAUCCGGUAAAACAUUUUUUCUUCGAGAACUUAGUGGGUGCGGCUUAUAUGCUGGUGCGCUCUAUAGUCCGGAAAAUACGGUAGUUCCCUAAAAGCAACAUCCCACGGACACACGAUGCUUACAAGGCCCAGGCACCUUCCUCAGGCAGACUUACCGCUGCUUCUUUUUGCUUGUGUUGCUGGAUGUACCGUUCAAGACUAUGUUGCAGGAUAAGAUGUUGCACGUAACAACCUCCCAGGAACUACAACCUUUACAAUUUAAGCUACUUUAUGCCCUUUGUUGGCCGAGCACAUAAAAAACCGAGUCGGGCGACAAAAUGACGCGUUGUUUAUUCCGGCUGCCACGCAAUAAUGCACAACAAGCACACUGACGCUGCAAGGAACUGUAAGAAAAAUGAUAAUAAAACUUAUCAGUGGAUAAAAAUCUUGAGGUGUGUGGCUUGACGCUGCGUAAAAGUAUUUAUUGGGUAACAGAGGUCUUACAACUGGGGGCGUGGCAUUCCCAGAGAGGAGCCCAGAUCCUGGUGGUGCAUGCUACUACAUGUGCAGCCUCUCCAGAGCUCCCGGCGUUACCCUUUCUGUGGUUCUUCUCCCUCCUCCGCCAGUACAAGUGGAACCUCCUCCAAAGUCGCUGCUUGACUUUCAAUGUUUUUUGUUUUUUUUCCCCUAACAGAUCAUUUGUUCAGAGAGUCAAACUGUUGCUAUCAAAACUACUGAAUAAUCAAACUCAAAAGUAAAAAUACUCAUGCUUUUAAGAUGCAUGACAGGUAAGGACGAGGGAACAAAGGUGUUGGGUACAUUUUUUUGAAUGAUUUUUUGGAGGUUCCACUGUAUUUGACAUGACAGGAUCCACUUUCAUUCCUGUGAGCUUAUUGUCAUACAGCCUUUGUAAACGUAUACAGCGAAUGUUCGAUGCCAAGUAAACAUUGUUAAUAAACUAUUUUUGCGACAAUAAA